AUGAAAAUCACGUUGGAAAUGCACAAACUUUCCACAGUGGCCCUCUGUGUGCUGCUCCUGGCCACACUGUUACCCGGAUCCGAGGCCCGCCGUGGACGUGGAGGUGGUGGGUUCAGCCGAGGAGGAGGAGGAGGCUACAGCCGGGGGUGGGGAGGUCAGCCCUACAGACCACCGCCUGUCCAGAGCAGUGGCCCCAGUGCCGGGAAAGUAGCUGGGGCAGCUGCUGCAGGAGCAGUAGGAGGAGCCAUGCUCGGAUCUGCCUUGAGCCGUCCUGGGUAUGGGUAUGGGUAUGGGUAUGGCGGAGGAUUCGGAGGAUAUGGUGGAUAUGGUGGAUAUGGAGGGUAUGGAGGGUAUGGAGGAGGUUAUGGAUACCCACGAUACGGAGGUGGUUACGGCUAUGGCCCCCGCCCUGGCUAUGAGCCAGAGGGCUCUGGUGAUGUGGAGUACUACACCGGAGCAUCCAGUGGCCCAAUCUACAACAGCAUCAUUGUUGUCAUUGGCUCCCUAAUGUCGCUGCUCAUGGGCCACUGGGUGGCAUUCAUGUAG